UUCUUUUUCUUUCUUUCCCCCCUUCCUUUUUUAUUUGUAUUUAAAUGAUCUGACAAAUUCAAAAGCAAUAAGCAGCCAACGGCGUGAUGCUGAACGGAUCACGGGCUUUAAUAUUAUAUGAACAAAUUCUGUGGGUGUAAAAUAUCCGAGGAUUAAGACGAGGAUUCAGUUUCAGUGAUUAGCAAAAAAUUGUUUGAUUUUGGUAAAGAGAGAGUAAGAAUGAGUAGUAGUUCUAGCAUCCCAGUGAUUGAUUUCGAGGAUUUCCCAUCGCAAUCGCACAAACUGCUGCAAGCAUCCCAGGAUUGGGGAUGCUUCAGGCUCAUCAAUCACACCAUUUCCAUAAAUUUAAUGGCGGAGAUGAAGGCUGCAGUGAGAGCUCUUCUCGAUCUUCCCGCCGAAAUCAAACGGAGGAACAAAGACGUCAUCGCCGGCAGCGGAUACGUCGCGCCGUCCAAAACCAAUCCGCUCUACGAAGGAUUGGGUCUUUAUGAUAUCGCCUCGCCGGAAUCCGUCCAUCACUUUUGCUCUGAACUCGAAGCUUCUCCCUCGCAAAGAGAGACCAUUGUUAAGUACUCUGCAGCUGUCCAUGAACUGGCGAUGGAGUUAGGUCGGAUGCUGUGCCGAAGCUUAGGAUUAGACAUGGAUGUGUUCCAUGGAUGGCCUUUCCAGUUUAGGAUAAACAAGUACAACUUCAGUGUUGAGAGUGUGGGAUCAGCCGGGGUUAAACUCAACACAGAUUCAGGAUUCUUGACCAUUCUGCAAGAUGAUGAACACGUCGGUGGCCUAGAGGUGUUCGAUGAGAGAUCUGGGGAGUUCGUUGCUGUCGAUCCGUUGGCAGGAUCACUUCUAGUCAACUUCGGAGAUGUUGCCAAGGUGUGGAGCAAUGGGAGGUUUUGCAACGUAAGGCAUCGGGUGCAAUGCAAAGAAGAAGCAGUGAGGAUUUCGAUUGCUUUGUUCGUGUUGGGGCCCAAGGAGGCAGCGAUAGAAGCGCCAUUGGAGCUGGUGGAUGCCGAGCACCCGCGCCUCUUCGUGCCUUUCACAUUUGAGGACUACAGGAAGUUCCGGCUCUCCACCGGACUGCGUGCCGGCGAAGCUCUGGCGGAUCUGCUGCGAGACGCCUCAAGCUAGUGUAGUGAGAGCUAAAAGCAUCCUUCUUAUGUGCUUUGUACACUUUGAUAUUUGAUAUUGUUUAUCUAUCUAUCUAUCUUAUAUAAUAGGAAAAUGGAUUCAUUCUUUGUGGCACCA